AUCGCAGCUGGAGAUCAGCUGACCCGCGCUGAGCUGAAUCACAUGACGAACAGCGGGGACGACAUGUAGGAAGAAGCUGUGAGCUGUGAGUUUACGGGCGCUUCUCCUACAGGAACAUGCAAAAAUGGCCUCAGCCGUGGAGAGGACGGAUGACCUGGUGAGGGAAUAUCUCAUCUACAGAGGCUUCACCAGUGCCCUCAAACACCUGGAUUCAGAAAUUAAAUCUGACAAGGAGAAAGGGUUUCGGGUUGAUAAAAUAAUUGACCAGCUCCAGCACUUCAUUCAGACCUAUGACUUGGCAGGACUGAAGGAAUACUGGGGCUACCUGGACCGCAGACUUUUUUCCAGGCUGGAGGAUGUCUACAGGCCCACAGUCAACAAGCUGAGGACCAGCCUCUUCCGCUACUACCUUGUGCACACCAUACAGAUGAAGAAUCAGGAGAAGACCCAGGAGUUUUUUCAGAAACAGGCGGCUGAGCUGCAGGGGCAGGCAGAGUGGCGGGAUUGGUUUGUUUUGCCCUUCAUCCCAGUACCGGAGCAGAAUCCAGCCUUUUCACCAUAUUUCUCUCGCCAGUGGGCUGACACUUUCCUCGUCUCUCUCCACAACUUCCUCAGUGUUCUUUUCCAGUGCAUGCCCCAGCCAGUUCUCUUGAGCUUUGAUGCUGAAGUACAGAGGAGCACCAGCAUUCAGGAGGAGAGCGAACAGCUGCGCCAGAUGUUGUUCGCGUUACAAGGAGAAUCGAAAGCCAAGAAAGCUGAGGAGAUGGUGCAUCACAAACUGCCCGCCUACGUCCAGCACAUGGACCGACUCGGAGACACAGAGCUGGACCUGGUGACGAGUCAGCGGGCAACUAACCCCAUCACUCCUUCCCGGAACUUCUUCUCCACCUUCUUGCCGCAGGGUAGAAGAACCCCGGCCCGAACGCCUCAGGGACCUCCUGGUUCCUCCCCAACCCAGGCUGCUCUCGGCAGGAAGGACCCCACAGCUGGUCAGUCUGUAAAAGUUAAAGACCCCAUAGCCUCAAAGGACUCAAAGUUGGCGGCGGCUAUUGAUCCAAGCACUGGUCACCCUAGACAGAAGAGACACCUUGACCACGAGAAGGAGAGGAAAGAACUGUUCUCCAAGCAGCCGGCACAGGGUUCUGAAAAGAAAGCUGAUAGCUCAGACACCGAGGGUCAACCUGAGACUGACACCACAGACUCGCCCACAAAUCAGACGAGGAGUGGCAGUGAAGUGGGUGGGCCGGGGGUGGAGCAGCCGUUCAUUAAGCUCAGUCAGGAGGAGUAUGGGGAGCAUCACUCAUCCAUCAUGCACUGCAGGGUGGACUGCUCAGGCAGAAGGGUGGCCAGUCUCGAUGUGGACGGUGUGGUGAAAGUCUGGUCUUUCAAUCCAAUAAUGCAGACCAAAGCUACCAUCAUGUCCAAAUCUCCUCUGCUCUCGCUGGAGUGGGCCACUAAACCAGACAGACUGCUGCUGUUGGGGAGUGGGGUCGGCACAGUGAGGCUCUAUGACACAGAGGCUAAAAAGAAUCUGUAUGAAAUGACAAUAGAUGAUGCUCACCCACGGAUCUUGUCAUUGGCCUACAGUCCCAGUGGGACGUCCUUUGUGUGCUCUGCAGCGGCAAACGUGUCCCGCCCAGGGAGCGUAACCGAAAUGAUGCCUCGCGCAUCUCUCCCCGUUUCCGGGCAGCUGUUGCUUUGGGACACCAAGACAGUCAAGCAACAGCUGCAGUUUGCUUUGGAGCCCGGUCCUGUGGCUGUAAACUGCACUGCCUUCAACCACAAUGGCAAUCUGCUGGUGACUGGAGCUGCUGACGGCUGGAUUCGCCUGUUCGAUAUGCAGCGGUAUGAGAGCGUGAUGAGCUGGAAGGCUCAUGACGGCGAGGUGUACAGCGUGGAGUUCAGUUACGAUGAGAACGCAGUGUUUAGCAUCGGGGAGGACGGCAAGUUCAUCCAGUGGAAUAUUCAUCGCUCUGGUGUGAAGCAGUCAGAGUACUCACUAUCCCAGGAUGCUGUGGGGCCAUUUGUACUGUCGGGCUACAGUGGCUACAAGCAGGUCCAGGUUCCCCGUGGCCGACUCUUCGCUUUUGACUCAGAAGGACAGCAUGUCCUCACCUGCUCCAGCACUGGAGGACUCAUCUACCGGCUGAAUAAAGGGGAGGCGGGUCUGGAGAGCGUUCUGUCUCUGGGAGGUCACAAAGCUCCAGUUGUGACGGUGGACUGGUGUUCUGCUGUGGACUGUGGGACAUGCCUUACAGCCUCCAUGGAUGGAAAGAUCAAACUGAGCACGCUGCUGGCACAGAAACCAUGAUCCCAGCACAGCUCUUUCUCUUUCUCUAUUUAUCACUCUUUCUCUCUCUCUCUCUCUCUCUCUCUCUCAGCCUUUAUCAAAGUUAACCCUAACAGCUAGGGUAAGAAUAGCUGAUCUGAGAGCAGCUCUGGACUCUAUAAAGCUGCUAGACUGUAGCGAUGAACAAAAAACAAGUGCAAAUGUUUUACGAUUUAUGAUCUCUUCAGUCAAUUCUGCCACUUAUAUACUGGAAAAUAGACCUUUAUGACCAAAUGUAUGUUGAUCCUCUUCUGAAAUGAGAGAAUGGGGAAUGUUCAGCUGUGGUUGAUCUUUUUACAUGUAGAAAGCAGUAAAUGUGGAAUUUCUUAAUAACAUCUGCUGUUCUAAUCCCACUAUAAAUCCAAAUACCAGUUUACAAGGAGAACUGUAAUACAUGAAAGAGGAUAACUACACCAGACCUAAUAGCAUGGUAUGAUCUGUUUAAUUUGAAGGAUUAUUUAGGGCAUUCGUUCAAACUAAAUGGGAGCAAGAAAAGCCUAGUGUAUUGAAAUCUCCUGCUCUCACAGUGUUACACAUUGCAUAUCAUUGCAGAUUAAAAUAAGUAUUAAAAUAAUGUGUACAAUGUU